GUUUCUAUGGCCGACCCUGGACACCAGAACAAAGAAAGGAUCUCUUUGCGAAGCAGCAGAAGUGGGGCAUGAAUUGUUAUCUUUAUGCCCCAAAGGAUGACUACAAGCAUCGGGCAAACUGGCGUGAAUUGUAUACAGUUGAAGAAGCUGAACAUCUUACCGCUCUCAUAACUGAAGCUCGAGUGCAUGGUGUAACGUUCUUUUAUGCCAUAUCUCCUGGUUUAGACAUUACUUACUCCAGUCAAAAGGAAGUUGCAGCUCUUAAGAGGAAACUAGAACAAGUUGCACAGCUGGGUUGCAAUGCUUUUGCAAUUCUGUUUGAUGAUAUAGAUCCUGAGAUGAGUGGUGCAGACAAAGAAAUAUUUCAGUCAUUUGCACAUGCUCAGGUUUCAGUUACCAAUGAAGUUUUUACCCAUUUGGCACAACCAAAAUUUAUGUUUUGUCCAACUCAGUAUUGCUCUACAAGAGCUGUACCAAAUGUACAAACUUCAGAAUAUCUGAAUACCAUUGGCCAAAAAUUGGCUCCUGAAAUAGACAUCAUGUGGACUGGACCAAAAGUUAUAAGCAAGAUUCUGAGUGUUGAACACAUAAGAGAAGUAACGGAAGUAAUGCGAAGACCACCUGUUAUUUGGGACAACCUUCAUGCAAAUGAUUAUGACCAAGCAAGGCUUUUUUUAGGGCCAUACUGUGGUCGUUCUCCAGAUCUGAUACCUCUGCUCAGGGGUGUUGUCACAAAUCCAAAUUGUGAAUAUGGACCUAAUUUCAUUGCUAUUCAUACCUUGGCACAGUGGUCUAGAUCAUCAUCACUAACUAGCUGUGACAAUAAUGAUGCUGUGAGUGCAGAUAUUAGACUUGAGACAGAGGGGGAUGAUUCGAGUGACGAUUGCCCAACUGGUUUGUCCCCAAAUGCCUAUCAUCCACGAAGGGCUUUGCGAAUGGCACUCCAAGAUUGGCUUGAAGAGUUUAACCAUAAUGUUUCUGCAUAUGGAACUAUACAACAACCACAAAUUCCAACACCUGUACCUAUAUUGCCUUCCGUAAAUACCUGUAUGUCGUUAACAUCCACAACUUUAGCCACACCUGGUCUCCCCCAACCAAAUAUUAAUAUCUUAGCAGAAGCUGUUCAAGACACAACUUUUAACCCAACCAUGAAUCCCAUCAUGAAUUCACUAGUCUCUGAAAAUAAAGUUCUUGUGGAUACAGGACAUGAAGAGGCAGAUACAGCUUCCACUGUCUCCCAAGAUGCCUCAUCCACCUCAGGUGUUGAACCAAUGGACUGUAAUCCAUCCCCUGCCACAUCCCCACCUCAUAAUGAAGAUAGUAUGAUGAUAGAAAAUGGAGAAGUUCCGAAGGUUGAAAGUGAAGAAGACAAAACAACUCCCGUGAUUGAAACAGCUCAGGAUGAACUGUCGGUCACAGCCAAAACAUCACUUACUCUUCCACUAGAUUCUACACAAGAUAAUUCAGAUGGGCUUACAGUUGAUGAUUUGCAUCUAUUAGCAGAUCUUUUUUAUCUUCCAUUUGAACAUGGUAGACAAGGUAUCACUAUCAUGAAGGAGUUCAACUGGUUAAAAAUCAAUUCACAUCUUGUAAUUGACUACAAAAAGGAUGGAGAGAUUAAACCUGAGGUUCAGGAAUGGUUUGACAGAGCAGCCAAGUUUGAUGAAAUGGCUAAAAAUGUGAAGAGAAUGGCAAAUAGACUAAACAAAGUCAAGAAUCGAUCUCUGUUGUAUGACAUCUAUCCAUAUAUUUGGGACAUGAAUGGAGUCGUUUGUCUUCUCAACUCCUACGUCGAGUGGCUAGCAUUGGGCCAGGUUUCACCUCUGGUCGGCAACUACGUUCAUGGCAACUAUACCUGGUUCAGUAAGGGAUGGCGCGAGGUAUUUAUGUCUGGCGACCAGGAGCCAUGGAUCUUCAGGGGAGGACUGACCGCCGAAUUUCAACGGCUCAUACCUGUAGAUGCGAGCAACGACCUCUUUGUGUACAAAGCUCCAGAGGUACCAACAAAACACAGCUAUUGCAUCCGGCCAUACCUUCCUGAAGAUAAACCUAAAGUUUAUAGUCUAAUCCUUCGAACAUCAGAUGAUCGAAGAGAUGGUACUGCUUUGUAUUCUGCCCAUCCAGACUUGCCAGGUGACUUGAUAGUUGGAAGUUACUUGGAUGCUCUUGAAGAUGAAACUCUUAAAGAUGUAGCUGUUAUGGUGGUUGAAGAUGAAUGGGGUGAUAUUGUAGCUUAUAGUUCAAUUGCUGGCAAUGCAGAAGAUCAGACAUCCAGAGAUUCAGCAUUUCGUGAAAAGAUAAAAGAUAAAUACCCUAAGGUAAUUAGGGAAGAAGGAAUGAUGCUGACUCCGUGUGAAGAGCUCCUUAUAUCACUGUCUUCCGAACCACAGCCUCCACCCAAAGUGCUUGUUACUUCUCACCCUGCCAAAAUGUCUCUUGCCUGCCUUCUCUCUGUUACUGAUGAGUCUAUUAGCAAGAGAUUGCUGACUUGUAUGCUCGCUUCAGUUAGAGCUCGUGAUCUCUGUAAAUUUUCAGGUAUAUUUGGUGGCCACUGCAGUGUGAAUGUUGGAGAAAAAAAUUAUUUAGACUUGUACAGUCGGCAUGGGUUCCUAGAGGUGACAACACAAAGUACAACAUUAUACUUAGGAAGAUCCUUCUGAUGACCACCACCGCCUUGCACUGACUGUCAGGCGCUGCCAGUACCUGCUGUGUUGCAGCCUCCUGAGAGAGAGAACUCAUCCUGGGCUACAUGCUAUGGUUAUCUUUGAAAUCAAUUUGCCUGGGCAUUUUUAUGUUCUGGUGCAACUGGAUAUGUGCCAUGGUUUCAGAUGACUCAGAUUUCACCAAACUUUAACAUUAGUCCCUGAUGCCAGUUAUUCAGAAUGAUUGGUAUUUGGGUGAUCAAUCUCAAGGCUGUCUUCAUUCAGUUUAAGCUAUUGCAGCUGUUAAAUGUGAUACUUAUGUUGACAAGUUGUUAGCAAAUUUCAUGUAAUUGUUGUUCCUAAUUAUGGAGCACAAAAGGUAUUUCUUCAAAUGACUUAAGUAUUCUUUGCCAACAAUUUGUUUACUUUUUAUUUUUAGUCAUACAUAUAACAGAGUACGUUUGAAUAUAUGUAGUCAUGUAUAGUUACAAAUCUUUUUAUCAAUAAAAUUAUUCUAUGA